AUGGCGUUCGUACCCGUCGUGGAAGCGCCAUCUGACUCUGCGGUGAUCGUCGAGCCUCCAGCAGACAUUCUGAGGAACGGCAGUUACAACCAGGUCCCCAUAAUUGUGGGCGCCACUUCCGCUGAAGGCACCGUCGUACCCACCUUGACCGAAGCAAAGAUCGCGGACAUGAAGGAGAACACAAUGCUGAUCGGCUCCCAGCUCCCACUGCCCACGGAGGAACAGAGGACUCGUGCGGCUGAACAGCUGGAGCAGUUCUACUUUCGGGACGAAGGCUUCUCCCUGGACGACAUGCAAGCUGUUAUUGAUGGAGACGUGAUCGUGACUGUAGAGAACGGCGACCUGAGGGGCGUGGUGGCCACGUCACUGAACGGCGCUCUCUACAACCAGUUCCUGGGCAUACCGUUCGCCACGCCGCCUGUGGGAGAUCUCCGAUUCCGCGACCCGCAGCCAGCUCCCUCGUGGUCCGGGGUUCGAGACGCGCUUACCCUCGCGCGAGGCUGCCCCCAGACCGACUACUACCUCAACGUGUAUGUGCCGGCUACGGGGAGUGGUCCUUUCCCCGUCAUGGUCUACAUUCACGGUGGCGGCUUCUCAAAGGGUUUUUCCUUCAAUGGUACUCCACACUAUUUCGUGGAGAAGGGCGCUGUGUUGAUCACAACCGCCUAUCGUCUCGGCGCCCUUGGUUUCAUGAGCCUGCAGAACGAUGACAUCCCAGGCAAUGCGGGCCUCAAGGACCAGGUGCUGGCGCUGCAGUGGGUGCAGAACAACAUCGCUGCCUUCGGUGGGGAUCCUAGCAAGGUCGCCAUUUUUGGUGAGAGUGCUGGCGGCGCCUCCACAUCACAUCUCUUCCUUUCGCCAGCGACCAGAGGGCUCUUCAGCCAAGUGAUCAUGCAGAGUGGAGUAGCGACGACCCCCUGGGCGCUGGCUAACAAUCCUCGCGAGAAGGCAUACCGCAUGGCAGAGGCGCUCGGUUUCCAGGCGCAGGGGGGCAACCACACUGACGACGACGACGUACGGUUGGCUGCCUUCUUUCGCGCUGCCAACUGCUCAGACCUCAUUAACGACACCUCAAUCGCACUCUCGGAUCUCAACCGCUGUCCACUAUCGCUGGCGUUCGUACCCGCCGUGGAACCGCCAUCGGACUCGGCGGUGAUCGUCGAGUCUCCAGCAGACAUUCUCAGUACCGGCAGUUACAACCAGGUGCCCAUAAUUGUGGGCGUCACUUCCGCAGAAGGCACCGUCGUACCCACCUUGACCGAAGCAAAGAUCGCGGACUUGAAGGAGAACUUCACGAUGCUGAUCGGCUCCCAGCUGCCGCUGCCCACGGAGGAACAGCGGACUCGUGCUGCGGAGCAGCUGCAGCAAUUCUACUUUGGGGACGAGGGCUUCUCCACGGACGACAUGCAAGCCGUUAUUGAUCUGUUUUCAGACUUGUACUUCAUACAAUCAGCGGACUCCUUCGCUAGGACCGUAGCCAACUCCAACAGCCUACCUGUUCACUUCUAUUUCUUCGAGUACAAUGGAACUGGCUCUACAGACUAUGGUAUGUGUUUGUCGUGA